GCUGCAGCUUUCUGUGUCCUAUACUGCCCAGUAAGUCGAGUCUGGCGCAGACCGGCGACGAUCGCCGCACGAUAGAGAAACAGUUCCUUCUGCUAAACAAAGAAAAAGCCUUCACAGCUUUGCUCUCCACUGAAGAUACAUGGGAUAUGUGCAAGAAGCCCGUGAAAAUCACGUUAAGAAGAAGGUCGAAGAAGCUUUGCGCAGCAAAAUGAAGCAGAAGGCACUUAAAGAAUGUGAUCUUUACACUGCAAAGUACGCUGAAUGUGCUUCAGGAAGAACAUUAUCUGUUGUUUGGCAAUGCCGUAAGCAAGCAAAAGAAUUGAAUGAAUGCCUUCAUCAGUUCACCAAUGACUUAGUGUUGGAAGAAAUGAAGAAAGAUUACAUGCUUCGAGAAGAAAGAAAGGAUCACUGAGUAUUUAAAGUUCAUUCACUCUGAUGAUAGCCACUUUACUAUUCGAACUUCCAGUGCCAGCGGCAAAGCAGUGUUUAUGGCAACUUUCUCCUGCCUGCCGGAUGGUGGCAGCGCACAACAGGAGAAUUGGAUUGCUGUAGGUGAAGAAGCAUAUUGUAUUUUUGUAAUGGAGCUUAGAGAUUCUUGAGCAUGUCUAGGAAUUUCGGCCUCGAAACAGUGAAAUAUGCAUGUUGCAAGUGUCAAAGACUGUAUCCCCUAAUUUUUGCCCGGUGCACAAACAGUGAUGAAAAGUGAAUUUAUCGUUUCCGUCA